UAAAAAUGUGUCACUCGGAGCAUGGGGUAGGGCAACUCCUGUACCACUGCAGACUCCGUCGACUCAAGGAGGAACCGAGAUGAGCAUCACUGGGCUAUCAGAUAAACUGCACACUUACCGUUUCAAUACAGGGAUGGUUACCCGUUACCCGUCUCAUAAAGCUCUGGAGUUUGGAGUUUUCUGGAUCACACUCAACUCUCCCAUCAGUUCAUGAAAGCGGAAGUUUUCUUGGUUGUCAUCCCUGUCUCCGAGCUGUUGAAUAUUUCAAUGUGUUGUUAGGAAUCAAGAAUUAUAGAGGAGCACCAACUGAGACCGGAAUGGAAAGUCAACUUUUAAGUAUAAAUCUCCACACUAAGAGUCCAGAGACUGAAGAGAUAAUCACACAGGAAAGGAUCCUUCCAAAACACACAUAGGGAUCUGAUCUGCAGAGAGUGUGUGUGUGUGUGAGAAGGACGUGUGGUAUUUGUUCUUAACCCCCUCCACCCCUCUACUCUAAUCCCGUUCUCCAACCUCCCUUACCCCCUGACCCCCUGACCCUUAACCCCCAGACAUGAUGUCGGGGAAGGGGAAGGCUAGCCCGCGUCACCGGCCAUGGUCCGUGUACCGGGCUAACACCUUUGACCUCUCGGCUGAGAUAAUGGGGCUGACUCUGGCAGGUAACAGUCAGGACCCAGAUGAGCCAGUGCUGGAGUUCAGCCUGGCGUGCAGUGAGCUGAUCACCCCAGCAUUGGACCGUAAACCGACCAGCUUUGUGGCGGUCAGCUGUACCACUCCUCCCCAGGCCUUCUGGACCAAACAUGCUCAGACAGAGAUCAUAGAGGGUACUAGUAAUCCUAUCUAUCUGAGCAGUAUAGCGUUCUUCCAGGACUCUCUGAUCACUCAGCAGACCCAGGUUAAGCUAUCUGUGUAUGACGUCAAGGACCGCUCCCAGGGCACGAUGUACCUGCUGGGGUCAGCCAUGUUCCCUGUGAAGGAGCUGCUGCAGGACAAGCACCACAGACUCCACCUAACCCUCAGGUCAGCGGAGAAUGAGCGCAUGGGCAACAUCACCAUCAUCGCCUGGCAGAUAGAGGAGAGGAGGGAGCAGAGAGCCCCUGUCGCCCGGCAGGACACCAUCAAUGGCAGGAUGGUUCUUCCAGUGGAUGAUAGCCUGACUGAGUCCGUGAACAUCAGGGCCAAGUCUGCGUCUCUGUGCAAAGACACACUGCUGAAGGCUGUGUUUGGGGGCACCAUGUCUCGUAUGUACCGUUUCCCCACCACGGAUGGGAACCACCUACGUAUCCUGGAGCAGAUGGCUGAGAGUGUCCUCUCUCUACACAUCCCUCGGCAGUUUGUCAAACUACUGCUGGAGGAGGACGCUGUCAGGGUGUGUGAACUGGAGGAGUUGGGGGAGCUGUCUCCAUGUUGGGAAAACCUGAGGAGGGAGAUUAUUGCUCAGUACCAGACCAUCAUCCUCACCUACCAGGAGACCAUUGGCGACCUACACGAAUAUAAAGGUCCCUCCUUUAAGUCCAGUACUCUGAAAGCAGAGAAGAAGCUGGAGUUCAUCCCCACUAACCUACACGUCCAGAGGAUGAGAGUACAAGGAGAGUCUGGCUAUGACAGGACCUAUGACGUAGUGACUAUAGGUGCCCCAGCAGCCCACCACCAAGGCUUUAAGCACUGUGGUCUUCGGAAACUCAUCCACAAGUUUGAGGAGGCUAGGAAACACGCAUAUGAGGAGGAAUGCAGUGCUGGAUCUGGCUCUAAGCCAGUGACCUACCUGCCUCAGGAUGUGGUAAGAGCGAAGGAGCUGAUUGGUCAGAUCAACACCUUGAAGACCCAGGUGUGCUACUACACCGAACGUUUGUCCCGCGCUGCCAAGGAACGCUCAGCAAACGCUCUGGAGAGAACCCUCGCCAUCCUCUCUGAGAAGACUCGUCAGUUGGUGACAGUUUGUGACUCUAAGCUGCUGUCCUCUGCCAUCCUGGCCCUCUCUGCUGCCCGUCCAGAAUGCAUUUCCCAGAAGGGCACUCCUUCCCCUUCAUCCCUCACUCCUUCACCCUCUCCAUCCCGCUCUCCCUCUCGCCACUCUACCUCCCCCUCUCGCCACUCUACCUCCCCCUCUCGCCACUCCAUCUCCCCUCGCCACUCCGUAUACCAGGAAGGAGAGGGGGGGAGAGACAAGCGCUCCUCCCUACAAGCUGACUGGCACGAGGAGAACUGGGAGAAGGUAUGGUUGAAUGUGGAUAAGAGUCUGGACUGUGUGAUCCAGAGGGUGGACAGACUGCUGGCCAAAGACAGGAUGCAGAGUGACAGCAGCAGUGAGGAUGUGUUCCUGGACGUUCAGCAGCAGACCAAUGCCACUACUAAGAAAGGUAUCCAUGGAAACAGAGAAGCCUUCUGGAUACACCCAGAAUCAUCAUCUUCAUCUCCUUCUUCUUCUCUUCCUCCAUCAUCAACAUCAUCCUCAUUGUCAUCAUUCCCCAAUCUGACCAUCACAUGUCAGUCAAACCAUGAAAGACAACAGCACUACAGCAGCCCAGAUGUAGAAAAGGAAAAGCCCUCCCCAGGUGAAUGGAGUGAGGCCUUGUACCCCCUCCUGACCACCCUGUCAGAGUGUGUGUCUCUGAUGAGUGACAAGGCUAAGAAGUCCAUGGUGUUCCUCCUAAUGCAGGACAGUGCUCCCACCAUUGCCAUGAACCUCACGCUACAGUACAGGAGAGAUGUGGUCUUCUGCCAGACGCUGUCAGCUCUGAUCUGUGGUUUCAUCAUCAAGCUGAGGAACUGUCUCCAUGACGAUGGCUUCCUCAGGCAGCUCCACAUCAUCGGCCUGCUAGUCCAGUAUGAGGGCCUGCUCAGCACCUACGGGGAGGAGCUGGCCAUGUUGGAGGACAUGAGUGUUGGUGUGAUGGACCUGCGAAACGUCACUUUUAAGGUUACCCAGGCAACCUCGGUCUUCGGCCCAGAUAUGUUGCCUGUCAUCACCGGGAACCGGGACGGCUUCAACGUCAGGGUUCCGUUACCAGCAGCGAUGUUUGAUGCGUUGCCGCGGGAGAUCCAGAAUGGAAUGCUGCUGAGGGUUCAGCCUGUUCUCUUCAAUGUGGGAAUCAAUGAACAACAGACGCUGGCCGAGAAGUUUGGAGACACGUCUCUCCAGGAGGGGAUUAACAUGGAGAAUAUGGCUCGACUCAGCUCAUACUAUGACCAGUUUAAAGAGGUCCUACCUGAGGACUGCCUCCCUUGUAUCCGUAGUCAGACCAGCCUGCCUGAGCUGCUAAAGCUGCUGAGUCAGAACAUCAACGCCAGGAAGAGCAAGAACGUAGAGAUCCUGUGGCAGGCAGCGGAGGCUUGUCGGCGUCUGAACGGAGUGCGUUUUACCAGCUGUAAGAGUGCUAAAGACCGUACAGCCAUGUCUCUAACCCUGGAGCAGUGUCUCAUCCUCCAGCAGGAGCACGGACUGGCCCCACAGGUCUUCUCCCAGGCCCUCGACUGCAUGCGCAGUGAGGGCUGCAGACGAGAGAACACCAUGAAGAAUGUAGGAUGUCGUAAAUACGCCUUCAACUCCCUCCAGCUGAAGGCCUUUCCAAAACAGUACCGCCCACCUGAGGGCACCUAUGGAAAAGUAGAGACCUGAUUGGACAGACCAGCUGCCCAUCUCUUAAAGUAGCCAAUAGAAGGGGAAAUUGACUAAAUAACAUCAACAACAACAUAAAAGCAAAACAACAUCACAAAAGCAACUACCCCCUAUAUAUAGUGCUGCAUCCCUGUUGAUGAUUUAAUGUUAUCUGUGGUAGAUUGUUUGACAGCAAUUCACUCUCUUUUGCGAUUAGACUCACUCCGUUAUGUCAUGACAACCACUACACAUACAACAACAACUUAAGAACAGCUUUUCAAAUUGUUUUAGUUUUUAUUUAGAAAGGAAAAGUGGAAGGGGAGACCUCGUCAGUUGCACAACUGAAUGCAUUCUACCAAAAUGUGAGCUCUUAUCAUAAGGCCUGUGUUCUAACCACUGUCUCUCAUGGAACUUUAAAGAGAAAAUUCAACUCAAGUACAUUUAAAAAGAACAAAACCUUUGUAUGCAGUGCAUCAAGACCUUACUUGCUCUCACACUCCACUCCUACAACAAGCACAGGGAACUGAUGAUAUACAGAGAUCAGACAAAGACAUACUUGUAUCUCUGAUGUAUGAAGACUAUUCCAUCUAAUGUUAUUUUAUUAUCCCUUUUCUAUUUGGUAAUACAUCUAAUGGAUAGGGUUCGUGUAAAGUAGAGGGCCAGUAUCCUGUGUUUUAGUUUUACAGCAAAGAUAUUGUGUAUGCAAGGCUUGGUAGUCCACUGAGAGGCAUAUACAGUUACAAUGGUCAAGGUUCAUCUUUCACUUGCCACUACAUGUUUGUUUAAAGUGUUAUAUUUUGUCAUUGAGUGCAUGGUACAAUGCUCCACUAUAUAAGAUGCAAGCAUGGAUAGAUUUUACACACAGCAAACUUAAUCCAAAAACAACACAACUAAAUUCUGUGCUCACAUGCGUGUAGAUUUUAUUAAACUGAAAAGGAAUAUAUUGUCCAAAUCUUGUACCCCCCCCACAACCCCUCUCUAUUACAUUUACAUUACUAUUCAUGAAGUUGUUUUUAUACAGGUCCAGGUUCUAGAUGGUAGGCAUAUUUUCUGUACAUCAGACUAGAGACUGAGCCAAACUAGAAUAUUAGCACAGAGUAAAGGAACAGUGUUAUAGGAGACAUGAAGAAAGUUCCUGCUCUUUUGUAUGUCUGCAGCUGUUCUCUGUGAGUUCACCUCGUCUCUUAUUAAAAGAGCUCCUGGUUGACUUCACGACAGGACCAAAACACAACACCGGCUUGUUCAUGUUACAACCAACGGAGCGAAAAGGAGGUGGCUGAAUGCAUGUAGAUAGAGAAUUAUCACGUUAUUAUUGUAUUCUUGGAAAUAAGGGACUUGUACACUGCAUAGAAGCCUGUUUAAAAUGGACGGUGUUUUGCGUUACAACUGUUCUGUGAACCUUUCACUGGCUUCUGUUUCCAUGUCUACCUAUAGAUUUUAUUCUCCAUUACAGAGACAUUCAAAACAUUUGUUUAAACAUUAUUUUGCUAAAUAUCCUUGAUGCUGAUGCACUGACAAUUGCUGAAAAAAGUAGCCAAAAUGCUGCCAGAAUUUUACUCAUUCAAUUUAACUUUUUUUUUGUUUUUGUCUUUGUAUGUAAUGAAUGUUAUCGAAUCACACACUUUCAAGUAGGAACAUCUGUAUAGGUACAGGCUUUGCUGUAAAAUGUGCUUUCAUAAACUCUCCUCAGUAACUUGAGCUGUUAAAAUGGGAGCAUGAAACUGUUUCAACAAUUCCUGUGUGACACUUGUAAAGUAUCCCUCGGGUCUCUAUCG